AGGCUCUAACGCAACUCCAGACGACAAGCACUGGUGGGAACGGCAGUGGCGGGUGGCUCGCCCGAUUAGGAUGGGGCCUGGGAGAAGCUAGUGUGGAGGUUUUGGAACCGACACCAUCUCACGUCUACGAGGCGAGAAUCGCAUUCUUUGGACGUGCCAUUCCAGAAGAUGGGUUGACUGGUUGGCUAGUUCCACUAGAUAGUCUUGUUGGAGAAUGUCCCAGUUCAUACCGUGAAGCCACUGCCUCAGGCGCGAUCUCGUCUCCUUCUCCAUCUAUAUCUGGACUACCUCCUCCUUUCACCGUUCUUGAACCAGCAGCUGACACC